AUGACUGCGCGUGAUCCAGUGGUUCUGCCUGCGGCCGAUCCGGCCAAGGUGUUCAGGCCCGACAUCUUCAAGGGCAAGGUGCUCUUCUGCACGGGCGGCGGCUCGGGCAUCUGCUACGAGAUGACCAAGACCAUAAUGUCGUUCGGAGCCAACGCCGCCAUCCUGGGCCGCAAGGCAGACCGUCUCGCCAAGGCGUCCAAGGAGCUGUCGGCUGCAACGGGCCAGGAGUGCAUCCCGUGCCCCGCGGACGUGCGCGAGCCCGAGCAGCUCAAGGAAGCCGUCCGCAAGACUGUCGAGAAGUUCGGACGCAUCGACUUUGUCAUCGCCGGUUCGGCCGCCAACUGGCUUGCUGGCAUCGAGCAGAACUCGGAGAAGGGCUUCAAGACGGUCAUUGACAUUGACCUGAUCGGGUCGUACAACACCGUCAAGGCGACGCUCGAACAGGUGACCAAGAACCGCGGCAGCUACAUCUUCAUCAGCGCCACGCUGCACUACUUUGGUCUGCCGUACCAGUCGCAUCCCUCGGCAGCCAAGGCGGGCGUCGAUGCGCUCAGCAGAGUGCUCGCCGUUGAAAUGGGACCGCUGGGCGUGAGGAGCAACGUCAUUGCUCCCGGUCCCAUCUCGGGCACCGAGGGCAUGGACAGGCUCGCACCCAAGGGCAUGGAGGAAGCCGUGGCAGAGAUGGUACCCAUGAUGCGCAUGGGCGCCAAGUCCGACAUCGCCGCCGCCGGCGUGUACCUCUUCAGCGACGCUGCCAGCUUCGUCAACGGCACCCAGAUGGUCGUAGACGGAGGCGCGUGGCACAUCCAGGGCCCCAUGCUUCCCUACCCAACCACCUCGCUCGACCCCAAGUCGCUCUCGGACCUCGUCACCGGCUCGCGACUCUGA